AUGGGUAGCGAGAUUGAGUUGAAAGGCGUGUUGGAGAAGGAGGUCCAAGCUGGUACGGGACUGGCGCGCAACGCACUUUUCGGACUUCAUCUCGUCGAACGAUUGGCGCCCAAACAGUCCAGACCUAAAUCUAUUGGACUCUGUGGUCAGUUCUCAAGACGAAAGCCUGCUCUACUCAGCAUAGAAGCUUGGAUGCUCUACGUGCAACCCUCGUUAUAA